AUGACGUGGUACAAUGGAAAUCCGGUCUUACAGAGGCACAGCUUUGCUUCAUUUGCCUAUCACAGUAUCCAGUUAUCUUCUUUGAAUUCAUCACCUGUUGUCUUUCCUUACUCUCUUCGACACCUCGGAUUCAAAUUCGUUGGGACCAGUUCUGGACAAAAUGAAAUCAGCUUGCACCUUGCUAGCUCCAACCCAGAUGGUAGUGAUGGUCCUCAACCACUGGAGACUCUCCCCUCUUCUGCUGCAGAGCAGCAGAGACUGGCUAAUUCUAGCCACCUGAAGUUGGGGAAAGUGGUUGAUUCAUUCUUGGACAUGGGGUUCAAUCAGGCUCAAAUAAAGGAGUUGUUCAGUGUGCAGCCCAAGCUACCUUCUCAGGCUAGGUUGGCUGUAGUUUCAGAACUCCUCCUCUUGGGUUUAAGCACUGAUUCCAUACUGAACGCCCUACAGAAGAGUACUGAACUGUUGAGGAUGUCACCAAAGCGCCUAAAGGACCGUGCAGAUCUUCUGAGAAAAUUCAACUUUAAGGAAGGUAGUCUGAAUCACAUGGUGAUUCACUGUCCAAGCAUCUUCACCUUGCCCCAAAACCGAAUUGAGGCCGUAAAGGAUCUUCUCAUGGAAAAAUGUCUCUUCACUGUUCAGCAAGUAUCUAAAAUUAUACAAACAUGCCCAAAUGUCCUCCUAGAAGACCUGGAUGAUCUGGAAUACAAAUUCCAGUUUGCCUAUUUCAGGAUGGGAAUUAGACACAGAGAAAUAGUGAACUCUGGUUUCUUUCAAACAUCGCUGGCUGAGAUCAAGAAUCGGCACAUCUUCUUGGAGCGUUUGGGACUCUAUCAAACACCUGAUAAGAAAGGACAGACCCAGAUUGUGAACCCCAAACUGAAAACCCUAAUCAGAGCUUCUGAAACUGACUUUGUGACCAAAAUAGCCUGUUCUUCAAUUGAGGAGUAUGAGAUUUUUAAGAAACUGCUGGCCCGUGAAAAAGAACCAAAGUGGAAUAAGGACGGGACACUGAAAGGUGAGCUUUCAGACAUGGGGAGUGAUGAAGAGUCAGAUACAGAAUGA